AUGCUAGAAAAUCUGUGCAUUGAUUUACUUCAUGAAUUAUUCAAAGCUAAGUAUAAUUUACUUCUUUCCUUGCAAACAAAUUUACACACUAAGAGGGAAAGGAAAAAAGAAAAAAAAAAGAGGGACAAAAUAUUUAGGUACUUGUUUAUACGAGUACUUGAAAAAGAUGAAUAUUACACACACUUUGGAUAUAUAAAAAAAAAGAAAAUUAUGAAAAAAAAAAAAAUUAAAAAGGAAUAUAAAAAGUUAAGAAAGCAUAUUGCAGACAUAAAUACAAAUUAUAAAAAAAGGUAUUCCAAGUCAUUAAAAAGUGAAUAUAGUGAUAAUUAUUGUACACCAUUUAAUGAGUAUCAUACUCAUACAGUAGUAAAGUCAAUUGUAUAUAACCCUAAAAAUUUUGAAUUUAUUUUACGUAAAAAAUGGAAUAUAUCUACCCAAAAUAAGAUUAUAAGGUAUAAGCAUAAAAUUAAUGAUUAUAAAAAAAGGAAAAGAAGUGUAUGCAUAUAUUAUUGUCGUCGAAAUAGAGGGAAAAGAAAGCAAAAGCAUAACUAUAAAAAUUAUAAUUUGUUUACUAAAAACAAAAAGAACAAUGUCAUUUUCAAUGAAAGUAACAAUAUAAAUGAAGCUAGAGAUAAUGAUGAUUGUCUAGAGUUGCCAAAAAAUAACUUGUAUACAUACUUAGACAAACACUUUUAUUCUAUUCUUCCGAAUUUCGAUUUUAAACAACUGGAACAAGAAGAAGAAGCAAAUUUAGAAAAAGCCACCAAUUUAAAUUACAUAUUAAAUAUAGAAAAAAUGAAAAAUAAUUUAAUAAAAAAAAAUAAAAUAGUAAGCAAAGUUUAUGUAAAAAAUAAGAAACAUAUAUAUUUAUCCUCAAAAAAAUUAAACAAAGAAUAUAUUAACUUUUUAGACAAUUUUCAUUUGCUAAUUAAAAAAAUGAAAACUCAUAAAGAAAGGGAUUUAAAAAUAAUUAAUUCAACAAAUUUAAAACUUUUAAAAACUAUAUUAUAUUUGGAAAAUAAUUAUAAUGACAUUGAGAGUACAAAUAGUAGCAAUUCAAAUGAUGUUAUUAAAAAUGUAUUAGUAAAAAAAAAAAAUUAUAAAAUGUGUCAUAUUAUUUCCAUAAUAAAUUAUAUUAAAAAGAGUUUAUAUAUUAUUAAAAUGGAUAUAAUGUAUAUUUUUAUUUUCUUUACUUCGUAUAUAAACAAUAUUUUUGCAAAAUUAAAAAAUUCAUAA